CCAAUUGCUUCUGCAAGUGCAAACAGUGGAACUUCGCCCAUCCUUCGUAGCUCUCGAGAGCCGUGGCGGCCGAGGGGGAGGCGAUCGUCGAUCCGGAGGAAUGGCGACGGAGGAGGAGGGAGGAGCCGGCGGACGAGCGGCGCCGGCGGGAUCGGGAUCGGGAUCGGGAUAGGGACGGGCAUCGGGAGCCACUGGUGGUGGGCGAUGGGCGGCGCCGCCCAGCUCGGGCUGGGGAUCUCGUCGUGCCUCAAGGGCUACGGCGGCGGCCCGGGCCUCAUGCCCCUGAAGGCCGCUGCCGUCGCGUCCCUCUUCGUCGGCGCCACCGCCUGCGCCUCCGUCGCCGCCCUCCACGCUUCCGGAAUCCGCAAGGUUGAAGAUCUCAUUGAGAUAGGUGCUAAUAUAAGGACUAACCUCGGGAAUCCUCCUGUUGCACAGGUGAACGAGAGGAAAUCAGAUAAUCAAUGACCAGAAUCUUGUUGGCACAUGGCAUGAGGACGUGUGGGAAUCUCCAGUUACCUAGCCGAAGUGACUUUAGGAACAGUGACGAUAUAAUUGCACUCGAUCCCAACUUCGUCCGAUCUUUGUGCCUUCCUGAUGCCUGCUGCACAUAACAUUAGUGAUUUCAUUUAUAUCUCGCGCUCAUCUUUUGGUAGAGAUGACACUUUUGGGCAAGCACAAGGCAAGUAGGAUUUCAUCGUUCGUUUGCUGCUACAAAUGCCGAGUACAAUUGUGGGAUGUGCAGAUGCUUGCGUGAAUCAUGGUUGUUUGGUUUCUCAGGUAAUGAAGCAAAAACUUCAUGCUUGAACUUCUGUGCAGGGAGCAACUCGUUUCGGUGGUGUUUUUGACAUCUUGAGUCAUUGUUAUUUCUCCCUCAGAUAAAAAGAGGCGCUUUUCGUGUA